AUGGUCGUGCCGAAGGCUCUCCCCUUCGAAAAAGUCUUACAGAAACGCCUAGUGCUCUUUCUGGCGCUGCUGAUCUGCCAGAACGGCUACGCCAGCUUUAUCAAAGUAAGGCCCAACACCCUGAGGGAAUUCCAGUACCUCAAGUGCCAGGGGGAGUUCAACAAGGCCCAGUACGUGUCCCUCAGUCACGUGUGCGAAGACUGCCAUAACCUCUACCGCCAGCCGGAGAUCUUGACGGAGUGCAAGUCAAACUGCUUCCAAAACACCCUGUUCCCCACCUGCGUGAGUCUCCUGAUGUUGGACCGGCACGAAGACGACCUCAACAAAAAGGUGGCUCUCAUCAGCGGCCACGACCUCUAGACCCCCAGCAUCCCAACCUACUCGAACAGCGUCGGAUCCGAGAACAUUUCCUAUUUUGGUGGUCUGGAACGAAUCUUCGGAACAUUUUGAGGAUUUUUGGUUAAUUUCGAAUCUGAUCUUGCCAUAACAUUUCCAAUAUAUUUUGUUUUACUUGGAUCCGUCAUUGUUUGUUGUUUGAUCAAUGAAUCAAAUGCAAUCUAUGGUAUUAUGAUGAACAUUGCAUUUGUAAGCAUAACAUAUAUGUGUAAGUAAAUAUGAUCAAGAACAAAAUAUCAAAUCACACGCUUUAAAACGCAAUUUCGUGUUAUCUGAGGCUACAGGUGUUAGCAAUACGAGCCUACUGCUUAAAAGCAUAUUCGUUGUAUAAUGUAUUUUUUUUUUAACCAUUAAGUUUUGUUUAUCACGUGGCAAUGGAUAAACUGCUGAUUAUUAAUUGCCCUCAAAAUACUCAGAAUAAAAUGCAGACGAAAAUCA